GCCGCCCUCUGCUUGCCAGCCAGAGAUCUGAGUGAGCUCUGGCCCGGGCAGGCUGCAAGUGGAUUCCCAGGGUGCUCAGCAUCACCUCUCCAGGGGGAGCACGGUGGAGACCUGCACCUCAGGACGGGGCUAGCCAAGCCUUCAACAGGGAGAGCUGGUAGGGCUAUGGUCCCGGUUCCCUGCUGGUGCAGAAUGGAGCUGCGUCCUUAUCAAUGGGAAGUGAUCAUGCCUGCCUUGGAAGGCAAGAAUAUCAUUGUGUGGCUGCCCACGGGCACCGGAAAGACCCGGGCGGCUGCCUAUGUGGCCAAGAGGCACCUGGAGACGGUGACUGGAGCCAAGGUGGUGGUCCUGGUCAACAGGGUGCACCUGGUGACCCAGCACAGCGAGGAGUUCAGCCGCAUGUUGGAUGGACGCUGGGCCAUGACCACCCUGAGGGGGGACAUGGGACCGCGGGCCAGCUUCGGGCACCUGGCCCGGUGCCACGACCUCAUCAUCUGCACAGCUGAGUUGCUGCAGCUGGCGUUGGCAAGCACGGAGGAGGAGGAGCAUGUGGAACUCACAGCCUUCACACUGCUCGUGGUGGACGAGUGUCACCACACGCACAAGGACACCGUCUAUAAUGUCAUCCUGAGUCGCUACCUGGAGCUUAAGCUGCAGAGGGUGCAACCUCUGCCACAGGUGCUGGGACUCACAGCCUCCCCUGGCACUGGUGGGGCCUCCAAGCUCCAGGGAGCCAUCGACCACAUCCUAAAGCUCUGUGCCAACUUGGACACCUGGCGCAUCAUGUCACCAGAGCGCUACCAGUCCCAGCUGCAGCAGCACGUCCAGCAGCCCCGCAAGCGAUAUGACCUCUGCCACCGUCGCAGCCAGGACCCAUUUGGGGACUUGCUGAAGAAGCUCAUGGACCGAGUGCAUGACCAGAUGGAUAUGCCCAAGCUGAGCCGGGACUUUGGCACACAGAACUACGAGCAGCAGGUGGUGGAGCUGAGUCAGACUGCGGUUGAGGCUGGGCAGCAGGAGUGGCGGGUAUAUGCACUUCACCUGAGGCGCUACAACGAUGCGUUGCUCAUCCACGACACGGUGCGCGCCGUGGAUGCCCUGGAAGCCCUGCGAGAUUUCUACAACAGGGAGCGUGCCACUAAGGCUCAGAUCCUGCAUGCCGAGCGCUGGCUGCUGGCACUGUUCAAUGAAUAUAAGGAUGAGUUGGACUGUCUGGCAACACAAGGCCCUGAGAACCCCAAGCUGGAGAAGCUGAAAAGCAUCCUGCAGGAGCAGUUCAGAGGCCCUAAGAACCCCCGGGGCAUCAUCUUCACUCGCACCCGCCAAAGUGCCCGCUCUCUGCUGCUCUGGCUCCAGCAGCAGCCUGACCUGCAGAUGGUCGACAUCAAAGCCCAGCAGCUGAUUGGGGCGGGCAGCGGCAGUCAGAGCUCACACAUGACCCAGAGGGACCAGGAAGACGUGAUUCGGAGGUUCCGGGCUGGCACGCUAAACCUGCUGGUGGCCACAAGCGUGGCCGAGGAGGGGCUGGACAUCCUGCAGUGCAGCAUAGUGGUGCGCUAUGGGCUGCUCACCAACGAGAUCUCCAUGGUACAGGCCAGGGGCCGGGCCCGUGCGGGUCAGAGCGUGUACUCAUUUGUGGCGACCAAGGACAGCCAGGAGCUACGGAGGGAACUGACCAACGAGAUGUUAGAGGAGCUGAUGAAGCAGGCAGUGGCUGCUGUGCAGAAGAUGGACCCAGCAGAGUAUGAGGCCAAGAUCCGAGAUCUGCAGCUCGCAGCCCUAAUCCACCGGGCAGCCCGGGCUGACCAGAAGAAGCAAGCACGGAACCAGUUCACUGCGGAGCAGGUGCGGCUACGGUGCAUCAACUGCAUGGAGGCUGUGGGCCACGGGAGUGACCUGCGGAAGGUGGAGGGUGCCCACCACGUCAACGUGAACCCCAACUUCUCGAUCUACUAUACUGUCUCCCGGGACCCCGUGGUCAUGGACAGAGAGUUCCGGGACUGGAAGCCUGGGGGUGUCAUUAGCUGCAGGAACUGUGGGGAGCCCUGGGGUCUGCAGAUAAUCUACAAGUCCCAGAACCUGCCGGUGCUCAAAGUCCGCAGCAUGCUGCUCGAGACCCCCCGAGGGCGAAUCCAGGCCAAGCAGUGGUCCCGCGUUCCUUUCCCGGUGCCAGAGUUUGACUUUGUACAGCAUUGCGGCCUGAGCUUGGAGGAUCUCCUCCUGGACUGACCGCCGUGGUGCUGUAGUACCCAGCUCAGCCUGCAGGGAGCAGGAGAGUCCGCAGCAGCAGUCACCUCCUCUGUCCCCAUCACUCCAAACCCU